AUUAGGCUCAAUUUGAAUUAAUUUUUGCACAUUGUAUGUGAUUUAGGCACAAUGCAAUCACUGUAAGAAGUCUCAAGAUGUGCAGUUGAAGAAAGAUGACAAUCCAAUUGUGAUCCAUUGCAACUGUAAAGAAAACAGAGGAAACUCAGGAAAGCCAUGUUUGCAUAGGGGCAGGAUAUGGGGAAGAAGAGAUCGUAACCAAAGUCAUGAUUGGGUGCCGUUGGCGUUGCCGUCGUACAAGACGGGUACCGCUGUGAUGAGAGCAGAAUUAAUGGGAGAAUUUCGAUUGGAAAGCUCGUUGUCUCUAAGCGGCCCGGUAGACCUAAGUGAAACCAACAACGAGUGGAUUUCCUUGAUGAACAAGCCCAAUUCAACACACGACAAGUUCAUAAAGAAAUUCCAGCUUAGAAAUGGCCAUUACCGUGCAUCGACACCAACAUGGAUGGAUCCAGAUUAUGGCCUACACUUUGAUCCGAUCGAAUGGAAAAAUGAAUCGGAGCGUCCAUAUAUUACUGUUAGUGGCAGUACUGAAAGAGUUACGGUUGGCAUCCCUCAACUUGAAAAUUUGGACGUAGUUCCUAAUUCCAGGAGCAAGAUAUAAGAGAUAGUUGGUCCGAGAUGUGUUCUGAGGCCGCUUCUUCAUUUAUGAGCUACGCAACCCCAAUCGGCACAUCGCAGUGCGAUUUUAGGAACUUGAAAAAAGUUUGUUUCAAUCAAACUACUGGACUAGAGGUUGCUAUGAUCAGGAGGUUGACUCGCACUUGUUCUCAUCUUGAGGAAUUAAGUUUAAGUCACUGUCCUUUGUCGGAUACAUCUUUGUUUGUAUCAAGCAAAACAAUCAAGACUCUCAAGAUCGACUUUUGCCUCGGUCUCAGGUUUCUUUAUAUAAAAUUGCCCAUGGUUGAGACAUUGAUCGUGAGCUCUCAAUUAGGGGUAGAUAUCUUUGAUGACCUAAUGCCUGGUAACCUUGCAUUCGAGCGCAUGGUACGUAGGAAGAAAAUGACCGCGGAAGAAGAGUUAGAUGCAGAGUUUGAUGCAACAUUUGAUGUCGAUAUCUACCCGGAAAAUUCUGAGAUCCGCAACACAGUUGAAGACAUAUGUCUCGUGGGCUAUGAAUUUAUGGACACAGACCUGUCGAGCUUCUUAUUUUGUCCGAGAUUGAAGAGGUUUGGUCUGGUGAGAUUGAAGAGACUAGAGGAGCAAAUAGGACUCGAUAAACUAUUAGUUCUCUUCAAAAGAAACUCGAUGGUGAGCUUUUGCAUUGUUGAAGAAAAACUUGUCUCGAAUUGGGUUGAUACAUGGAAUACGUUCCGGUUUUCGUGGCUGUUCAAUGAAGUCCAAAGUCUAAACUUGCUCACCUACUCUGAUGCGAAUUUAGUCGCACGAGGUGAAGAAGGUGCACUGUGCAAUCUCAAAGAAUUAAGAAUCACGGUGAUAUCUACUUAUGAAGAGGAAGCCUUUGGGAACAUACUGGGAGCUUUACUUAAUAGGUUUCCACACCUAGAGAGGUUAUACAUUAAGUCCGGUGCCCAAAAUAUCUACAAAUUGUUACAGUUUCAAUAUAAGAAUGGGGAGAGAACUCACCAGGGCUGCAAUUUCAGCACUUGGGCAAGAAGGGUCAGAAAAGUAAUCUACACCAACCUAACUGCAGAAGAGGCACGACAGUUGCGCACUAUGCAACAACUAGACGUUGAACUUGGUCAAGGUGAGGAGGUGUUGGAUGACACAAAAUUCCUCUGGGAACAAGUUGAAGACUUUGCUAAACGAGUUGCCUAGACUCUCUCGCACGAGAAACAAAUUAUGGCCGAAUUGUUGGGUUUUUUUGUUUUUUGUUUUUGUUUUGGUUAUAAGAUGAAAACAGGUGAAGGAAAAACAUCAGUAUGGAGUAUUAUUGUUUAUGAUUCUGUUUGAAUGUCCGCGACUUCUGUGUGUUCCCGCAAUUGGAGGGAUUGCCUUUCUUAGUGUGUUUGGAAUUACCUUUAGGGGUUGUUUGAUAUGAGAUACGGAAUUGGAUUACAAAUCUA